AUGUUAUGCUUCAAAUCGAACAACAAAUUAUCACAUUUGACCUACGGUUAUACAAUAUACACAGUGGGAUCUCUCAAAUCAUAUUUUGCGUUAAUACUAAAUAAUUACUUCAAGUCACAAAAGGAUUUGGAAGAUACACUUGUAACGGCAACAGAAAAGGGUGAUCCUACAAAAUGGCCAUUUCGAACGUUCAAGGAGGUCAAGAAGUCAAGGAACAAACAAAGAAGAUGUCGGAAGAGAAAAGUUCGUCAAGAAAACGGAAAGAAGGCCUAUUCGAACGUCAAAAUCAAGAACGAAAAUUAUCAUUUGGAACAGGGUGAUUUUCAAGAUCGUUUCGGAAUUCGGAUGGGAUCUCGACAGACUAGAAGAAAAGGAAAAAAUCUACAUAAAAGAAGUAUUACAUCCUGCGGUCGAUGUUGA